AUGGAGGAGAGGCUCACUGACUCAUUGAACAAAAGGAAGACUGUCGCGGAUCAGGUGGCUGGUCAAUCAAAAAGGCUAAAACCUACCCAAUUGAAUGGGCCUGCCGAGGAUAUACAGUUAGAGCCUCCAUCCCCUGCCAUAAUCCCAAAGCCUCCAUUGCAGGCACGUCGCACUGCUGUUCAAAUUGAAGAAGCAGAAGCAUAUCAGAAUGUGACCAUGGUUGAGGAUACAAGCAAAGAUGAAGAUAACAUACCAGAGCAGGAAUCAAGUCCAGAUGUCGAGACUCCAGAAGAUGAGCUAAAACGAUUAAUGAAAGAAUGGACCUCACCGGUGUAUGCCUUCUUUAAUCCUACUCCUCGCAUUGUUGAAAUUAAUGGGCGCCACACACAUGAAUUUAAAUGUCAUGCACGUGGAUGCAAAACAACCAUUCGAAGGUUCCUCAACAAAAAAGAUGCACGGUCGACAGGCAACAUGCAGAAGCAUGUCAAGUCCUGCUGGGGGAAUGCUGCACUGACUGCUGCUGAUGAUGCAAAGGAUGCAAAGGAGGUCCAGACAAAAAUCGUUACCAGUAUCCUAUGA